AUGCUGCAUGCCCUUGCGCUGAAUCGUGGGAGCCUCAGGCUCUCGCAGUUGGUUCGGCCACAGCUCAGGUAUCUGCAGAAAACGAGUAUACGACAAUUCCCGAAGGUGGCCGGAAGCUUGAAAGAAGAACUCUUACGAUGGGUCUCACAAGGUUUCCGGAAGUCUCACAUCCGCUCCUUCCGGCUUGCCGGGCUUGGGAUAAGCCUUUGUGCGCUACCUGGUCUAAGGCGAUACGAGUGUAAAUCAGCACAUGUGACCAACCGACGUGCCGAACACAUCAAACGUGAACGCUUGAAUGAGGAAGAGCCGGCACUCGCUCUAUCGGACCUAUGGGGCUUAAUGAAACCAUACCUUGGCUGGUUCAUCCUAGCAUGCGCGAGCGCUAUAUUGACGGCGUUGCUCAACGUCGAAAUCCCGAUUCGGUUGGGCGAGCUAAUCAAUGCGAUCGCCGGGAUUAUAAGAGAUCAAGGCGCUGGCCACCCCAUCGAUAUCGCUGUGGUACAGCCGGCCGCGACGAAAUUGAUCUCGUUGUACUUUGCGCAGGCCGUCCUCACUUUCUGCUACAUCAGUUUUCUUUCCGUGAUGGGCGAGCGGAUGGCAGCCGAUCUACGGGUGAAGCUCUUUGACAGAUUGCUUUCGCUUGACAUGGCCUUCUACGAUGCUCAAAAAACGGGAGAGCUUUCUUCACGCCUAAACUUGGACGUGCACGAGUUCAAGAGCAGCUUUAAGAUGUCGGUUUCACAAGGGCUGAAGACCGCUGCUCAGGUAGCCGGCUGCUUCAUCUCGCUUCUACGUCUUUCACCCCAAAUGACUGCAAUUACAAUGGGUUGCAUCCCCGUGGUAAUCCUUGUCGGAACUCUAUGCGGCACGUUAUUGCGGAGUCUGAGCAGAAGAGCACAAGCCCAACAAGCCGUUGCAUCCGCCGUGGCUGACGAGGCAUUCGGCAAUAUACGUACUGUCCGAGCAUUCGCCAUGGAAAAGGAGGAAUCGGGUCUAUACAAGAAAGAAGUGCAAAAAGCGGCCGUGAUGCAGGAGCAGUUGGGAAUGGGAAUCGGUGUUUUCCAGGCCGGCACCAAUUUAUUCCUGAACGGCGUUAUCCUUGGCGUCCUGUAUGGUGGUUCGCAACUGUUGUCAACGGGCGAUAUGUCACCUGGUGAACUGAUGUCGUUUCUUGUCACCGCGCAAAUGAUCCAGAAAUCCUUAUCACAACUUUCCGUGGUGAUGGGCACGGCAUUGAAGGGAUGGACGGCGGCGGCAAGGGUGUUCCAAUUUGCCAACAUUGUUCCGCUGAUCCGGAAUGACGACGGCGUUUGUAUACCCCAUCACGCCUUUGUGCCCGUGAUAACAUUCGAAAAUAUCGGCUUCUCUUAUCCGACCCGCCCUGGGCACGCCGUCUUUGAAAACAUGAGCCUAGAAAUCCCAGCCGGGAAGGUGGUGGCCCUCUGCGGACCUAGCGGCGAAGGCAAGUCGACAAUAGCGGCUCUUUUGGAGCGCUUCUAUGAGCCAACAAGUGGUCGAGUGACUGUUGGCGGCAAGGACGUGAAGGACCUGAAUUUGGAAUGGCUGAGAUCAAGGGUGAUUGGUCUCAUCUCACAAGAACCCGUUCUUUUCCAUACUUCAAUUUUGGAAAAUAUCAGAUAUGGGAAGCCGGGAGCUACGGACGAGGAGGUUCGUGAGGCCGCGAAGCUUGCCAAUGCAGAUGAUUUUGUGAUGAAAUUCCCCCAAGGCUAUAAUACGGUGGUUGGCGAGAGGGGCGCCCAGCUGUCAGGUGGUCAAAAGCAGCGCGUGGCAAUUGCGCGAGCACUAUUGAAGAGCCCACCGAUCCUCAUAUUGGAUGAGGCCACUUCGGCUUUAGAUGUGGAAUCGGAGAAAUUGGUUCGUGAAGCUCUAGAGCGUGCGAUGGGCGGAAGAACAGUGCUGGUCAUCGCCCAUCGCCUGUCCACCAUCCAAAAUGCGGACAUCAUUUGCGUUGUCAAGAACGGCGGAAUCGCCGAGCAAGGCAACCACCGGGAGCUGCUGCGGAAGAAGGGCCUCUACUACCAGCUGGUGCAAGCCCAGGCGGCCAACGAU